AUGCACAUGAUCCCAUCUGCAUCACUAUUUGAAUUCAUUACAGUGCUUCAUGAAAAGCUGAAACCAGUUAAUUCAACUGUCUUGCUGAGUGAGAUCAAUGUGAUUCUUGUCUAUGGUGACAGUCGGUCACUGCAGGGUUUAAGACUAAUUUUCCACUGGUAUGAAGUCUUCAAACUGACCCCAGUCGCCAGGCUUCAUUCUUUUCUGAGAAACAUCUGCUUUAAUAACGAUGCUGGGGAAGAGAUAUUUUUUCCUGAGAAUGGUGAUCGGCCUGGUAAAUUCAGUCUCCUCAACUUGGUAACUUUCCCCAGUGGAUCAUUCUGGAGAAUUCCAGUUGGUCAGGUGGUCCCCAUGGCUGCUGAAGAAGAUGUGUUCAUCAUAAAUGGAAGUGUCAUUGUGUGGAAUCACAAGCUGGAGCAGCGGAUGUUUUGCUUCUCACUUUCAGAUGCAGAACAAUGUGAGAUGUGUCCAGAUGAACAAUAUUCAAAUGAGAAGCAGGACGAAUGCAUUCCUAAGGAGAUAACCUACCUGUCCUAUGAGAAGCCCUUGGGAAUAACUCUGACUGUCUUAGCUCUUGUCCUUUCUGUGAUCACAGUUGCUGUGACCAGAACAUUCAGCGUGUACUGGGACACGCCCAUUGUCAAGGCCAACAACUGGAGCAUCACGUGUGCCCUGCUCGCCUCCCUGCUGCUCUGCUUCCUCUGCUCCUUCCUGUUCACUGGGAGGCCUGGGAGGGUGACCUGCCUUCUGAGGCAAACUGUCUUUGGCAUCGUCUUCUCCAUUACUGUAUCCUGUGUGUUAGCAAAGACCAUCAUGGUUGUCCUGGCCUUCAUGGCCACCAAGCCUGGAAACAGGAUGAGGAAGUGGGUAGGGAAGAGGCUGGCAGCAUCCGUCAUCAUUCUCUCUUCUUUCAUUCAAAGUGUAAUCUGUGUGGUUUGGCUGGCAACUUCUCCUCCCUUCCCAGAGUUUGACAUGCACUCUGAGGUUGGCAGAAUCAUAGUUCAGUGCAAUGAAGGCUCAGCUCUCAUGUUCUACCUAGUCCUGGGUUACAUGGGGGUUCUGGCCACCAUCAGCUUCACGGUGGCCUUCCUUGCCAGGAAGUUGCCUGAUACCUUCAAUGAAGCCAAGCUGAUCUCCUUCAGCAUGUUGGUCUUCUGCAGCAUCUGGGUGUCCUUCUGGCCCACUUACUUGAGCACCAAGGGGAAGUACAUGGUGGCUGUGGAGAUCUUCUCUGUCUUGGCCUCUGGUGCUGGCCUAUUGGGCUGUAUUUUCCUGCCCAAGUUGUACAUCGUCAUUCUGAGGCCCGAACUGAACAGCAGAGAACAGCUUGUCAGGAAAAAGCAAGUUUAG